AUAUAUCCUCUCUCUAUUGUCAGGCCACAUACAUAUAUGGAUAUCUCAAACUCUUCACACUUGAUCUUCCAUACACUCUUUUUCUCCUCUUCUCUUUCCCUCCAUGAAUAAUCUCUCACCAUGUCAAAUCCAACUCUCACCUCUCCUACAACAGAGGUAACAAUCCCUUCAUCCCAACCCACAAACCACAAACUCGACAUCCGAUCCAGAAAUCCAGAUAUCGAAGAAAACGGACUACAUAAAUUAGUCAAUGAACAAACCGCAAAUGAUAUAUGGACUUUCCUUCUUGUUUUUAGAGUUUUCAAUUCUUUUCUUGUCAAAACUUUCUUUCAACCAGAUGAAUAUUUUCAAUCUUUGGAACCAGCAUGGCAAAUGGCUUUUGGGUUGGAUAGUGGUGCUUGGCUUACGUGGGUAUGUUUUCCCCUUUCCUUAUACAUACUCUUCUCUUUCUCUGUUGUCUAACCAAGAACCUCGCAAUUCUUUGGAAUCUUUCGAGCCAAAAGAAAAGUAGCCACCACGGCAGUGGCCCCCCGGGAGGGCCAGCGGAGCGUCAUUCCAAUUAUACUAAAAUAGAAAAAUAGAAAAAUAGUCACUAAUAAGUUCAAAUAGGAAUGGCAUUAUCAAUUAAGAUCUUCAUUACAUCCAGCUCUCUUUGCAGCUGCAUAUUAUCUAGUAGAUAAACCUAUGGAAUUUGUGAAUUUCUUUCCUCAAUUCCGAGCAGAAGUUUUAGCUGUAUUACCAAAUAUUAUUCAAGCUAUUUUUGCUGCAGCUUGUGAUUAUUAUACUUGGAAAAUGGCUGAAAAGAUGUAUGGAUUAGGUAGUAGAACUGGUUAUGUUACUGUAUGUAUAUGAUUGGAAUUAUUUAUGAGAAUUCGAUGCUAAUAUUUGAUUAGUUAUUUAUGAGUGUAUUCAGUCCUUGGAAUUGGUUCUGUUCAACAAGAACUUUUUCAAAUUCUUUGGAAACGAGUUUAACAAUUACUGCUUUGUAUUAUUGGCCUUGGGAUUUGGCAAUUAAUUCUGGAGAGAAGAUUAAAGAGCAGACGAAGGAGGGAUCAACGAGGUCUGCGUCUGAAGGUGUUUUCAGAACAGCGAAAUCCAUCAACCAGUAAGAUAUCUUCGGAGCUGCAUGUUCAGAAUUUACAUACUGACCAUAAAAGUCUUCGAUAUUCUCUUUUUCUAGCAGGUAUUGCUUGCAUUCUUCGACCAACUAAUCUUUUGAUAUGGUUCUGUGUCAUAAUGCCAAUAGUUAUGUCUUUGAUCCCCAGUGUAGCUCAAAAGACAGCCAAAUCACCAAUUCAACGGGAUUAUCUCAUUAUUUUCAGAGAAGCAAUUCUAUGUGGUUCCCUCAUCCUCAUAAUUUCAGCUCUUUCAGAUCGUCUUUACUUUGGAGAAUGGACAUUUCCACCUUAUCAAUGGCUACAUUUCAAUAUUUCUCAAAAUCUAGCUGUAUUUUAUGGCAAAAAUGAUUGGCAUUAUUUUUUCUCCCAAGGUUUACCACUUCUAUUACUCACCUAUCUUCCUUUUACGAUUGUAUCGAUAUUCAAAACUUAUACACCAUCUACAACGCCAAAUUCGACAUUUACCUCUGAUCUUCAAACAAUUCUCACUCAUUUAACCAGUUUGAUGAUUUUUGUCUUAAGCACAAUUUCUCAUAAAGAAGUUCGAUUUAUUUAUCCACUUCUUCCUAUUCUUCUCAUUUUAACUGCACCUUCGAUAACAUCAUUCUUUACAAAAGAAAUCCAAAUCCCUACCAACGAUCCGACAAAUUUGAAAAUCGAAACCAAAACAAUUCGCAAACCACUUCUAACCCUUCUAAUUCUACUUAACAUAGCUUUAGCAGCCUACACAACACUAAUCCAUCAAUCAGCCGUUAUAUCCGUAACAAAAUUUAUUCGUCACCGCUACGAAACCGAAAUGUUAGAUGCACAAGGAAUCCCACUUCAUUCACCAAACGCUUAUUCCUAUCUAAAACAUUAUCCUGCGGCAAUAGAUGAAGAUGCCCCUCCAUCUCUAAAUAUCAAUUACGAUAUUAAAAAAGAAGAAAAUUCCCAAUAUGCAGUUCGCAAUAUGGGAAUAUCUCAAAACCCCAAUUGGGAAAAAGAAUGGGAAAAACCAUACGUGGGUUUCUUAAUGCCAUGUCAUAGUACACCAUGGAGAAGUCAAUUGAUUUAUAAGGAACCGGGUGCUUGGGCUUUAAGCUGUGAACCUCCUAUUCAUUUGGGUGUUGAUGAAAGGGAGGGUUAUAGAGAUGAGGCUGAUAGAUUUUAUGAUGAUCCACAGAGAUUUUUACAGGAGGAAAUUAUUGUUUUCUCUGAUUUGGAUGGAAAUGAAGAGGGAGGUGGUCAGGAAAAUGAAGAAGUGAAAUAUAAAAAACAAUGGCCACGCUAUCUAGUAGGAUUCGAGGGAAUAGAAAAAGAUAUUCGUGAAUUUUAUGAAGGUACUGGAGCGGGAGCAGGAGCGGGAGCGGGAAAAGGGAUGAAAAUGAAAGAAGUUUGGAGGGAAAGAAAUACUCAGUGGAUUGAUGAUUGGAGACGUAUGGGUGAUGUAGUAGUUUGGGAGUUUGUAUGACGUUGAGAUGUUUAGAUGUAGAGGAUCUACUAGGGGUAGGAGAAUAGAGAGUUGCAAGCUUAGAAGAAUACACUUGUAUUAUCGAUAGAUAAAUAAAUAAAAAGAGAAAAAAAGAU